GGUGAGGCGUGGGGCCGCCUGCAGCGGAGAGGAUGGCGGAGAUUCCACAUAUAAAUGAAGUCCUAUGGUAUUUGUCUUUCUCUAACUGACUUAUUCACUUAGCAUAAUACUCUCCAGGUUCAUCCAUGCUGUUGCAAAAGGUGGCCGGCACUGUGCUCGGCGUGGGCACCGGCGUGUUCGUCUUAGCUCUGGUCUGGGUGCUGGCGCUGCUGCUGUGUGCGGUGUUGUCCAGAGCCUCCGGUGCAACCAGGUUCUCCGUGGUUUUGGUAUUCCUCGGCGCUCUGCUCAUCACGGCCGUCCUGUUGCUCUUCCCCCGCGCCAGUGAGACCCCAGCCCCAGCGGUCGAGAUGAAGGUCAUGGAUGCCUUCUUCAUUGGUCGCUACGUCCUGCUGGCUUGCCUCACUGCUGUCUUCCUGGGAGCCCUCUUCUUGGUUCUAACUCAUCACAUCCUGGAGCCAAUCUAUGCCAAACCCCUGAGAUCCUACUGAGCUCACGAAAACGAAGACCCCGUCCUCUCCCUCACUUGGAUGUUACUCAUGAGCAGAAGGGCACUGGUUGGAGCCUUGUUUUGGUAGCCUUCGUGCCUUAAGAUCAGGGGAAAUCCCUUCGUGGCUAAGACAGAUCCCUUGAGUCCUGGCUUCCAGACGCGGGGCUGCUGGUUGAGCAUCGACCUACGAGCCGGAAGGUCACGGUUUGAUUCCCGGUGUGCGCGAGGUGGCCAAUCGGCGAUUCUCUCUCAUUAAUGUUUCUAUCUCUCCCUCUCCCUCCCUCUCUGAAAUCAAUAAAAAUAUAUUUUUUUUUAAAAAUUGUCUCUUUGGAGGUAGAUUCUGACCAGCUUGAGCGGGAUGUUGCACUCUUCCUAACACCCGUACCCAGGUUUCCCAUCUGUUCCGUAAGGGAAAUAGUAACUGAUCCGCUUAGAGGAGAUUUUCAACCAGGACGGCAGUAAGGGGAUUUCAGGAAAAGGCGCGCUUGGCUCCUGCUGUCCAGGAAGUGAGAGAAUUUGGUCCUUUUGAUAACGCACAGUCCUUAGACGUAAGGUUGGGGUCCUGUGGGAAGGAAGGCACCCAGCGUUCAAAAGGUGACUUUACUGUGAUGAGCUGGAAACCUACUCGGGUGUUGUUAUUGGCCACUCUGUGUGUGUCCGGCCACAGGACUCCCCGGCAAUGGUGUCGCUUCCCUCCGCUCUAAGAGAGCCCACAUACCAACCCAGGACUGGCU